AUGAAGAUUGCAAUUUCCCAUCUCACGCCUCUUAUCUGCUGGGAAGUCGCAAAAGAGAACUCGACUCUCAUUUUAUUCAUUAUUCCUUCGGGUGGCUUUUCUGUGUCUCAAAAUGAUCCCGCUUUGAACCAUUGCAUUGUCAUGUUUGGCCCUGGCCCCUGUGGCUGUCUCGGCUGGCGCAUGCAAGCCCAGAUCCACCACCGAUCUUACAACGGCCGCCUCCUCCACUCUGGAGACCGCGUCUUCCUCCGAAGCCCUACAGUCGACUGUGACCGAUCUCACAACCGCGAUCACUUCUACAAUUGA